CCCCUAUCGUGAGUUCAUGCCUUUUGAGCCUUCCUUCCUGGUGACGGUUUUAUGUACAAACUCUGAACUCUGCCCAACGACCAUGACCUGCCCCGACAAACCACAACAGAAUUUAACAAACACCUGCUGAGAAGGAUUGAAGAAAUGCCGAAAGAGAAAAAUAGAACGAAUGGGAAAAAGAGAGUAAAUAUUAAAUUGAAGGAAACAAUAAUCCAUCCAAGGAAACACAAAGUUAAACCCAAACAAAAGCCGGCAAAACAAAAGGUCAACACCCCGGCUAAACCACAGGUGAAAAGUUCCGUUAAAUCACCUUUGUUGGCAAAGCAACCAAAGACAAAAUCUCCAGGCGGUCGAGGCCUAGGGAAGGCAGGAGCUCGACGGUUGGGUCAGUUACUGAAACGUGCAAUUCAAGAGAAGACAAAUGUCACAGGAAAAGAAAAACAGCCGUUGCCAUCAACUCCAGUCCGGCUUUUCAAGUACCAGGUACAGGCUGAACCGAGUGAAGCCAAGACAGGAUCAGGUUUGCCCAGGGUCUCGCAACUGAUACUUCGGGUGGUCUCUCAGUGUAAGCACCGCGGGGGUAUCUCCAUGGUGGAGCUCAAGCACGCCUUGGCAGCUGGUGGUUACGAUGUCAGCAAGAACAACACCCGUGUUAACUUAGCAGUGAAGGGUCUGGUGAGGAAAGAGACUCUGGUGCAGACCACAGGAACUGGAGCAUCAGGUUCAUUCAAGCUCAACAAAAAGAAAUUGUCAGGGGAAAAGAAUGUGAAAAGAGCCACAAGACUUAAAACAGGCGCCAAGUCUGCAGGUGAGAAAGGAACCUUGAAACCAAAAGGACAGGCUGCAAGACCAGGUGCUAAAACAGGCAAACCAGCAGGGAAGUCACCCAAACCAGCAAGGAAGUCACCUAAACCAGCAAGGAAGUCACCUAAACCAGCAGGGAAGUCACCCAAACCAGCUAGGAAGUCACCUAAACCAGCAAGGAAGUCACCUAAACCAGCAGGGAAGUCACCUAAACCAGCAGGGAAGUCACCUAAACUAGCAGGGAAGGGAACCAAGUCAAGCAUAUAAUAAAGCAAAUCACAGAAGACAGCGAUAAAGAUGGUGAAAAGACAUAUCAAGGCGCUUACAAAAGCACCACAACACCCAGAGAAACAGAGUACAACAACCAAGUGAAGCAAUUCCUUAUGGAGUUGGACUGACAAUACAGACCUCUGGUAGAUUUUAGAUUGGUAGAUAAACUAUUUUAACAUCACAUGGUAC